CCUAACCUACAAAACUGCUAUGAUUGUUUACUGUAAUCAAAAAACUGUCAUAAAAAAUUAAAUGGUAUUUUAAAAACUUCAGGUUCUAUUCCAGAAUGCAUUUUCCUUAUUGAUGUGAAACCGAUCUUAUUUUCGUCGAAAUGUCUUUACAAUUCGAUAAAUUAUCAGACUGUAUGCUAUUAUUUCUGUUAGAGCAUUUAGAUAGUACUUCAUUAUAUCAAUUAUCACAAGUUAGUGCUCGUUUUGAAGAGUUAAUUCUGAAGAAAAGUCUCUGGAAAAAAAUUGAUGCGAGGGAUGAACCCAAUGAUGAGAAAAAAAUUAUUUAUAUUUUGGACAGAGUCCACUCUCUCACCGAGAUGUUAUUGUUGAGGGGAAGAAAAGUUUACCCACGAGUAAUUGAAAUGAUACAAUCGAAUACUUUUGAAAAACUGACCAUACUAGCGUUAGAAAAUCAAGUUAUUAGCGAAUAUAAUGGGGUGAGGUUGGGUGAUUUUCCUAGAUCCCUAGUGGAACUGAGUUUGAAAAACUCUGUUUUCGAGUCGAGUAGUGAAUUUUUCCGUAGAGGUUUUGAAGCAAUGGAGAAUUUGAAGGUGUUAAUUAUUGAUGGAUGCAUCAACGUUAGUAGUAGUACUAUAAUGUCUGUUUCCAAAUAUCCUAAUCUCGAAAUAUUCUCUUGCUACAAGUGUCCAAUAGAGAAUUCCGUCGCCUAUUUCAGUAUUGCUGUUUCGAAUGGUUUCAAGAAAAUCAAAGUGUUUGAUGUUCGCUUAUCAGGUCUAGGAAACACUUUUUUGAGGGCUUUCAUGAGAAAGUCGAAUGUAUCGGUGAUAUACUUCAGAAACAAGGAUACCUCCUAUGAAUUAGAUUUCAUAAACAGAGCAACAGAGGCUGCCAAACUGAAUCUUCCAGUACCAAAAGUUCAAUUCAACACGCUACCUACAACAGGCAAUGAAGAAAAUUUAAUAACGGAUUUUGGAACACUUGAAUUUUCAAGAACCACUGCUAAUUAUGAAGAAUGUAAACUGCCAAAAAGUUUCUUGUACACUUAUCCUUACCCACCGUGUACAUGUGGCUUCAAGGAAAGACAGGAAGAACAUAAAGUAGAAAUAGAUGAACCUAAAUCAUCCAAUACUCCGAUAUAUACACGUGCAGACGAAAGAAAACUUGUUGAAAUCAUAAGUGAAGAUCAUUGGCUGGAUGAUGAUAGUCCGGAGGGAAAGGAUAAUGUUAGUCCGAGUUCUGAAAAAGGUAAUGGAAAAGAAAAUGGUGAUACUGAGAAAGGGCAGUUUUGUGAUAAUGCACGUAACAGGAAGCAAGGUACAAAUUGUGCCCCAACAAGUUCUGCGUCAGACAGUAAUUCUCUUUUGGAUGCCCAAGACCAAAAUCCAUCACACGCAUGUACAGAAAUAAUAUACAGAGUAUUCGCAAAGAAAAAAACCACCAAAGACCAAUCGGUUGGAACAGAUACAUCGACUAAUUCUCGAAAUCAUACAAAACAGAACGAAAAUUCCUUCAGAGAAGAUCAACCUUCUACUUCUGGGUUAUCGGUGCCUUUGAGAAAGAGAAAACUCAGCAAUGUUGAGGGAGACAGAGGAAAAAAAGCCAAGAGGGACCGUUCCUCUUCUUCCAGUGACGAAGAUGACGGGGACAACAAGAGUAUGGCUCCUGGUCCUUGUCCUUCGUCAUCUUCAAGAUCUCCCGCAGAUAAAAGAGAUGAACAUUCUGACGGAAACAUUCUCUAUGGUUUGAAAGGUAGUGUUGCCACCUCCCAGAUACAAUCACGGAAUGAUGAUGACAGACCGAGUCCGAGAGGUGAAUCUAGCAGAGGCAAUUCACAUGAAGCAUCGACGUUUAGAGACAGGCGAAGAGGAGUGAGAGAAGUUCAGCCAGCUCAUACGCAGGUGUAUCCAUGUGCAUGCGGGAAUCAUUCUGUCAUUGUCGUUACUGCAGAUGAGACGGAAGAUGGUGACGGUCAGUCGCUCAAUCCCCCGGAAAACCAUUUCCAUCCUCAGCACUGCGAACAACGUAUAAAUCUGAAUGCUCACCAGUCGCUCAGGGUUAUAAAUAGGAACGAGAACGCGAACGCGAGGCCUGAAAUCGAACUGGUCGAGAUAAAUAAGGAUAAAUCCCUCAAGUGCGGCUUGAAGCAGCUUUCGUUCAGGGGUUACGAUCGAGUUUCGAAUUUAACUUUACGGAAUAUAGAAAACCUCCAUCUGGAUCUGUUGGAUGUCACGUAUACCAAGUGUACGAAAAAAGGUAUAUUGGACUUUUUACGGAUAAAUCCAAAUUGUCGGGUCUUGCAUAAGGAGUUCUGUGUCUGUAAACCGAGGAUGGACUUUUGAGCUGUGAAAUAUUGUGAAUGUGUCGUGUAAGUUGUGGAGUAGGAUAUUCUUGAAACAUAUAAUUUUUUCACUAAUUCAUCAUAUUAUUAUGUAGGGAUAAUUUAUAUAAUCAUGUACCAUUGUAAUUUAAAUUUAUUAAAGGUGAUAUAAUCUA